GAGUGUAAUCUCUCAGUCAACCAAGAUAUUCUCCGUAGCACAACCUUCCCUUACCUCACGUUUCAUCAAACCGUUUCCGUUUAUGUUUCCUGUAGUCCUCACCGACCGAUUGACUCGGUCGUCCUGUCGCUACCAAUGCAAACAUAAUCAUCUCACACUCUUUCAGACAAUCCGUUCUCUCGUUGAAACACCAGCCCUCCACCCGCAACAAACCGUCUUCACAACAUCUGAGUCGCAAAGAUGCGUUGGACACUCGCUGUCGCAAGCUUGGUCAUGGGAGCCUUCGCAACACCAGCACCUCUAGGCGUCGUUUUGCCUGCGGCUCCGAAGCGCUUCCAGGCCGCCUUCACCGACACACUCUGGGUCGUGCAGAUGCAUACCGUCUUCGCCUGCGGACCUGGCGUCUCAGGCUGCCCAGCAACAAUGCCGACCCCCACCGCUUCCGGCUCCGCUAGCGACUGCGACGAUGCUACACCUUCAUUGAGCUCGACACUCGGCCCGCUCGUCACCAUGAUGGGUGUUGGCUCGGGCACCGCAAUGUCAUUGGUACCAAUGAUGACUGCAUUUUCGGGCUCUGCUACGUCGUUGGUACCGGUCCCGACUUCCUUGGUUUCGACUCCCCUUGCCGCGAUUUCUCCGGCAUCGACUCCUCUAGCCUCGACUCCUCUAGCCUCGACUCCCCUUGUUUCGACAUCCCCGGUUUCGACCCCUCUGGUCUCGAUUGGGUCAUCUUCCUUGCAAGCUACAAGCGUCUCCAGCUCAACGUAAGUCUCGGUCUGGGCCCCUACUAGUCGUACCAAUGCUGACCGCCCAGACGCACAUUACCCGCAAGCUCUUCAACCCCUACCAGGGCAGUCUCUGGCGCGGCUGCUUCGCUCAAGGUCGCCGGCUCACUUGUGGGUGCGGGUGCCCUUGUGGCCUUGUUGCUCUAGGCAAAAGUACGGCGGAU